AUGUUCAGCCAAAACCCAGUGAUGAACGGGCCCAACUACUCGUUCUCCGAUGCCCCACGAACCAACAAUGGAGAGUUUCGAGAGCACCGAUUCAACCCCUACUCUGACAACGGUGGCUCUACGCUAGCUAUUGCCGGUGCGGACUUCUGCAUCAUGGCAGGCGACACCCGACACACCAGCGGCUACAGCAUCAACUCUCGCAUGUCCCCAAAGGUAUUCCGCAUCGGCGGCAGCAACUCUGAUCAGUCUGACGCCACGAUUGCCUUGUCCGUCUGUGGCUUCGCUGCCGACGGCAAUGCCCUGCGCGACCAGCUUGACACUGUCUGCAAAAUCUAUCGCUAUCGUCAUGGCAAGCCCAUGAGCGUCCACGCCUGCGCCAAGCGCCUCUCCACCAUCCUGUACAACAAGCGCUUCUUUCCCUACUACACGCACGCUAUGCUGGGUGGUCUCGACGAGGAGGGCAAGGGUGCGGUCUACUCGUACGACCCGGUGGGCAGUUAUGAGCGGGAGCAGUGCCGUGCUGGUGGUGCUGCCGCCAGUUUGAUCAUGCCCUUCCUCGACAGCAACGUCAACUUCAAGAACCAGUACGUGCCGGGUAGCGGAGUAGGCCAUGAGCUCAAGGAGCGGGAGCGCCACCCUCUCUCCAGGCCUGUGGUAGAGACAAUCGUCAAGGAUGCGUUUGACGGUGCAGUUGAGCGUCACAUUGAGGUCGGUGACAACUUGCAGAUGAUGGUCAUAACAAAGGAUGGCAUUGAGGAGAUUAUGUUGCCUCUGAAGAAAGACUAG